AUGGCGCCAAGGAGGAAUGAGCAGCGCUGGUGCCUCAUGCUGCUGCUUUCGGUCUCCCCGCUUCUCUCCGCAGUCACCCAGACCCGCGCGGCGACAGAGCCUGCUUCCCAGGGCCACCUGGACCUCACAGAGCUCAUCGGUGUCCCGCUGCCCUUAUCUGUGUCCUUUGUCACGGGCUAUGGUGGCUUCCCGGCCUACAGCUUCGGGCCUGGUGCCAACGUCGGCCGCCCAGUCAGGACCCUCAUCCCAUCCACCUUCUUCAGGGACUUUGCCAUCAGUGUCAUGGUGAAACCCAGCAGUGCCCAAGGCGGCGUGCUCUUUGCUAUCACUGAUGCCUUCCAGAAGGUCAUCUACCUGGGCUUGCGGCUCUCUGGUGUGCAGGACGGCCAGCAGCGGGUCAUCCUUUACUACACAGAGCCCGGAUCCCAUGUGUCCCAAGAGGCUGCUGCUUUCUCGGUGCCCGUGAUGACCCACAAGUGGAGUCGCUUUGCUGUGAUUGUCCAGGACGAGGAAGUGACACUCCUCGUGGACUGUGAGGAGCACAGCCACAUCCCCUUCCAGCGGUCGCCCCGGGCUUUGGCUUUCGAGUCCAGUGCAGGAAUUUUCGUGGGCAACGCAGGAGCCACGGGGCUGGAGAGAUUCACCGGCUCCAUACAGCAGCUCACUGUGUACCCUGACCCUAGGACCCCUGAGGAGCUGUGUGAAGCUGAAGAGUCCUCGGCUUCAGGAGAGGCCAGCGGGCUUCAGGAAACAGAUGGAGUAGCUGAGAUCUUAGAAGCUGUCACCCACACUCAAGCCCCGCCUAAAGAAGCAAAAGUUGAACCCAUAAACACACCUCCAACUCCACCCUUCCCCUCUGAGGACCCAGAGCUUUCCGGUGAGCCUGUACCUGAGGGGACCCCGGAAACCAUCAACAUGAGCGUCAUUCAGCUCAGCAGCCCUGAGCAAGGGUCUGGUGAGAUCCUGAAUGACACACUGGAAGGGGUUCACUCUGUGGAUGGUGACCCCGUUACCGACACCAGCUCAGGGGAUGGGGCCAUCCUUGACAUCAUUAAAGAAAAGGAUUUAACAGCAACAGCAGCAGGGGUGGCUGAGGUUCCUCUCAACUCGACUGGGGAAGCAGAGGCUGAUAGCAUGCCCACUAGGGGACCAACCCUCUCCAUGGCCACCCAAAACCCCGGGGAAGGGGUUUCUCCAGGUCCAGACGAUGAAGAAAGAUCGGCAGCCACAGCAACAGAGGAGGCCGAGCUUCCCAUCAGUAGUACUGCUGGGGAAGCAGAGGCCAGCGGUGUGCCCACUGAGGGCCUGGCCUUCCCCAUGGCCACCCAGCAUCCCAGGGAAGAGGUCACUCUGGGUCCCAAUGGUGAAGAAAGUUUAACACCAGCUGCCGCUGUGACAGAAGGGGAACUCAGCAGUUCUGAGGAUGAGGAAGCCAGUGGGGUCCCCACAGAUGGCCUGGGCCCCCUCACACCCACAGCAGCAGCUCCUUGGGAAGCAGUCACUCCCGGUCCUGUUGAUGAAGAAGACUCUGCAGCAACCACAGCAGGAGUGCCCCUUACCCCAUCGGGGGGUGAGGAGUUGGGCAGCGCUCCCCCCGACGGGCCACCACUCCCGGCCCCCACAGUGGCUCCUGAAAGAGUGGUCACUCUGGCUCAGAGAACACAUGAGGGAAUGAAAGGACAGGCGGGGCCCAAAGGAGAAAAGAGUGAUACUGUGGAAGAGCUUCCUGGCUCGCCUGAACCUUCCCACCCUACCGGACCCACGGUGGGAGCAGUGGAGGCGGAGGGCUCCGGCCUGGGCUGGGGCUUGGAAGUUGAUUCUGGCUCUGGUGACCGGCUGGGCAGCGAGGAGCUGUUGAGAGGUCCUCCAGGUCCCCCAGGCCCACCUGGCUUACCUGGGAUUCCAGGAAAACCAGGAACUGAUGUUUUCAUGGGACCGCCUGGAUCUCCUGGAGAGGAUGGAGCUGCUGGUGAACCUGGGCCCCUGGGCCCUGAGGGACAGCCUGGAGUUGACGGAGCCACCGGCCUUCCUGGGAUGAAAGGGGAGAAGGGAGCAAGAGGGCCUAAUGGCUCCGUUGGUGAAAAGGGUGACCCUGGCAACAGAGGCUUACCGGGACCCCCAGGGAAAAAUGGACAAGCUGGCACUCCUGGAGUCAUGGGACCCCCAGGGCCCCCCGGCCCUCCUGGUCCCCCAGGCCCUGGAUGUGCAAUGGGACUUGGAUUUGAGGAUACUGAAGGCUCUGGAAGUACCAGGCUGCUGCAUGAACCCAAAAUCUCCGGACCCAUGGCUUCAAGCGGGCCAGACGGUAUUCCUGGGCUGCCAGGAUUUCCAGGCCCUAGAGGACCAAAAGGUGACACUGGCGUGCCUGGAUUUCCAGGACUAAAAGGAGAACAGGGCGAGAAAGGAGAACCAGGUGCCAUCCUGACAGGGGACAUUUCUCUGGAAAGGCUGAUGGGGAAAAAGGGUGAACCUGGAGUGCACGGAGCCCCUGGACCAAUGGGGCCCAAAGGACCACCAGGACACAAAGGAGAAUUUGGCCUUCCCGGCCGACCUGGUCGUCCAGGAUUGAAUGGCCCCAAGGGUGCCAAAGGAGAUCGAGGGAUCAUGUUGCAGGUUGGUACCACUCAUCCCGGGAAUCCAGAACUCAUCACUUUCCACGGUGUUAAAGGAGAAAAAGGAUCCUGGGGUCUUCCCGGCACAAAAGGAGAAAAAGGCGAUCAGGGAGCCCAGGGACCACCAGGUCCUCCAGUUGAUCCAGCUUACCUGAGACAUUAUCUGAACAGCUUGAAGGGGGAGAAUGGAGACAGGGGCUUCAAAGGAGAAAAAGGAGACUCUAAUGAUAACUUCUUUGUGUCUGGGCCGCCAGGACUGCCUGGAAAUCCAGGCCUAGAAGGCCAGAAAGGGGAGGCAGGCAUUGGGCCCCAAGGACCCCCAGGUGCACCUGGCCUGCCUGGGCCACCUGGCUUUGGAAGACCUGGAGCCCCUGGGCCACCAGGACCCCCCGGGCCACCAGGACCUCCAGCUAUCCUGGGAGCAGCUGUGGCCCUUCCAGGCCCACCUGGCCCUCCAGGGCAGCCAGGGCUCCCCGGCUCCAGAAACUUGGUCACGACCUUCAGCAACAUGGAUGACAUGCUGCAGAAAGCACACCUGGUGAUCGAAGGGACAUUCAUCUACCUGCGGGACAGCACCGAGUUUUUCAUCCGCGUUAGAGAUGGCUGGAAAAAAUUACAGCUGGGAGAGCUGAUCCCCAUUCCUGAUGACAGCCCUCCACCCCCGGCCCUGUCCAGCAACCCACAUCGCCCUCCGCCUCCACUGAACCCUAUUUCAAGUGCCAAUUAUGAGAAGCCUGCCCUGCACUUGGUCGCGCUGAACAUGCCAUUCUCUGGGGACAUUCGAGCGGAUUUUCAGUGCUUCCAGCAGGCCAGAGCUGCAGGCCUCUUGUCCACCUACCGAGCAUUCUUAUCCUCCCACUUGCAAGAUCUCUCCACAGUUGUGAGGAAGGCAGAGAGACACAGCCUUCCCAUAGUGAACCUCAAGGGCCAAGUACUUUUUAAUAAUUGGGACUCGAUUUUUUCUGGCCAUGGAGGUCAGUUCAAUACUCACAUUCCAAUAUACUCCUUUGAUGGCCGAGACGUAAUGACAGAUCCUUCUUGGCCCCAGAAGGUCAUCUGGCACGGCUCCAGCACCCAUGGUGUCCGCCUUGUGGACCAGUACUGUGAAGCCUGGCGAACAGCAGACAUGGCAGUCACGGGAUUCGCCUCCCCGCUGAGCUCGGGGAAGAUUCUGGACCAGAAAGCAUAUAGCUGUUCUGAUAGGCUAAUUGUCCUGUGUAUCGAGAACAGCUUCAUGACAGACGCUAGGAAGUAA